GACAGAAAAAGAGACGUGGAGAAGUUGGACGGAGACUCAAAACAUCGAGAUAUAUUAACAAACUAUCUUCUCGGACAAGGUAUUGAGCCAAAGUCUCUUCAUUGGGAAUGGGUUCUUUUAUUUUUAAGCCUUUAAAGGGCAUAAAUUAGACUUGGGUUUGGAUUACCGUCGUCACCGGAGACCUAAAUCCACCCGUUAUAAACAUUUUGCGUGAGCGGCAUUCCUGUGCCUGCAGCCUGGACGGAGUUUCUAUUUCUUCUCCGUUGGAUUUGCAGUGGGAGAGAUGAGUGACAGGAGACGAUCCGCUGCUGCUCUGAGUUCACGAGCGCACGCCUUUUCGGUUGAAGCCCUGAUCGGGACAAACAAGAAGCGGAAGCUCCGGGGCUGGGAAGAAAAGGAACUGGAGCUGUCUAUGGAGAACCUCGCGAGCAACGGACAAUUGGGAGACGGCGAGGAUCCUGCUAAUUGUCUGGACAUCGACCCGGAUUCAGAGGCCAGCCCGGGCUCCGACGGCGAGGGUCUGGCGGAGAGGACAUCGUGCUCGUUCGGUUCCCCGGCGGACCUGACCCCCACCGCCUGCGACCCCUCGCCCUCAGCCUCCAUGGAGGAGAUCCAGGUGGAGCUGCAGUGCGCUGACCUGUGGAAACGCUUCCACGACAUCGGCACAGAAAUGAUCAUCACAAAGGCAGGAAGGAGAAUGUUCCCUGCUAUGAGAGUUAAAAUCGUGGGACUGGAUCCACAUCAGCAGUAUUACAUCGCCAUGGACAUUGUACCUGUGGACAACAAGAGAUACAGGUAUGUGUAUCACAGCUCUAAGUGGAUGGUGGCAGGAAAUGCGGAUUCGCCAGUGCCGCCCAGGGCCUACAUCCACCCGGAUUCACUGGCUUCAGGAGACACCUGGAUGAGACAAGUGAUCAGCUUUGACAAACUCAAACUCACCAAUAAUGAGCUGGAUGAUCAAGGCCAUAUCAUCCUGCACUCGAUGCACAAAUAUCAGCCACGUGUCCAUGUGAUCCGGAAAGACUUCAGCAGCGAGCUCUCUCCAACCAAACCUGUUCCUACUGGGGAAGGAGUAAAGACGUUCAGCUUCCCAGAGACCGUCUUCACCACGGUCACAGCCUACCAGAACCAACAGAUUACUCGUCUAAAGAUCGACCGCAACCCAUUUGCCAAAGGAUUCCGGGACUCAGGGAGAAACAGGACUGGGUUGGAGGCAAUAAUGGAGACGUAUGCUUUCUGGAGACCUCCAGUAAGGACGCUGACGUUUGAAGACUUCACCAACAUGCAGAAACAGCAAGGAGGGAGCACUGGCACCUCUCCCACUACUUCCAGCACUGGCACUCCAUCUCCCUCCGGUGCGACGCACCUCCUCUCCCCUUCCUGCUCCCCUCCUACUUUCCAUCUGGCACCCAACACCUUCAAUGUGGGCUGCAGGGAGAGCCAGCUGUGUAACCUGGGCUUGUCUGAGUACCCUGCAUGUGCCAGGAGCAACAUGGCCGCCCUGCAGGGCUACGGAGGACUGGCCGACGGCUCCUACGGCCGCCUCCAGACCACAGGAGGCGCUGUAACCUCUGCCCAGGCCUCCGAUUCCUUCCUGCCUCAGAGGACUUCCUCUCUCAUUGCUGCAGGAAUGCAGGGAGGGGCUCACGCCUCAUUGGCUGCUGGAAACGGCAGCGGCGGAAGCAAGAUGGAUGCAUAUGGAAGUCAGCUGGCCUCUUUUCCCGCGUCCCAACUGCAGUACGUCAUGCAGGCAGGGGCGAGCUCCGCCUCUGGGUCAUCGGCUUCCUCUGGGUCCUCCCCUUCCUCCGCCCACAUGUUCUCUGGGAGCCAUCAUCAUGUGCAGCAGAGCACAUAUAAUGCAUUUUCCCUUCACAAUCCCUACAACCUGUAUGGAUACAACUUCCCGGCCUCACCGCGCCUGGCGGCCAGCCCAGAGAAACCUCAGGGUGGCUUACUGUGCUCCUCCUCCUCCGCUGGAGCGUUUGCCGAACGUCAGUACCUGUCCAACAGCGGCAUGGACAGUAUGCACAUGAUCAGCAACCCCGCUGGCAGCCAACAGGGGGCUGGCAGCUGUGAUGGCCGCCAGUAUGGCUCCUCUUCACAGAUGUCCAUGCACAUGGUUUGAAGCCAUUGAAAAUAAACCAAAAACAGAUCAAAACACCAAGCACGAACAGCUGCUGCAGUCUUUUGCUCAGCAUUACUGGGUUUUCAGAGUAUUAUUAUUCAAAAUGUCUGACACAUUGGCGUGAGCAGUUUGCCAUUGUGAUGUUUGUGACACCAGCUGUUUAGUGUGGACUUAUUACACACAUGCCUUAUCAAUCAUCAGACUAAAAUGGAGUUGAAAGUGAACAGUGUGCAAAACUGAAGUAAAUCAACUGAGCUCUGAUUUUUAGAAAAUGGAUUAUGAUGAGGAUUCAUAUUUGGUGCAAUAAUGACAGCAAUAAUGGCCCCUUAAAUAUCCCACAAGAACAAGAGCCAUCAGCCAGAACUUGAAUAAACUGUCCUCAAAACUGUGAGCGAAUAAGUGUUGACAGUAUUACUUUUUCAUUGUUGAUAGUAUAUGAUGCUUGUCAUGGUGUCGUGAUGGGAUGUUGUCAGCUCACUGACUCUUUCAGAGGUGAAGGGUCUCAGGAUGGCUAAGUAAAAUCCUCCUGUAAUAACAGGGUCUCUGUAUGGUUCUGACAAUCUGUACUGAAAUGCUAAACCUUUGCCUAUUGGUUUGGAAAAGGUUUAACCAUAUCCUGAGUGGAACAUAACAUUUGAGCAAUAGUGAAUGCACGCAAAGCACAUAGGUUUUAAAUUGUUGUGUGGAUAAAAACCAUAGGAAGACAAGGUAUUUGCUUUGGAGUGUUUGUAAAUGAAUAUAUUUAAAUGCUAAGCAAUUAUAUGGCCAGUGUAUGUUAAAUUUGAAUAGUGUGGGAGUAAUGAGCAAUAAUGUUUUAGGCUUUUAAGACUGUAAAUACAAGUGCCCAGCACAUAAAGCUCAUUAAAUAAACAUUAUAAGCCCUC